UCAAGCCGCAGGAGGUCAACAUCGCCGGGAGUCCGAGUCAAGUCGAAUAUCUAAACAACUCAAACGUUUUGAUGACAGCCGGCCAACAUAGUGACAUUAUUUGCACAGUAAGUGGGGCACUUCCACCGGCUGUUAUUGAAUGGCGCACUGAUGUUGAAGGUAUACAGGUCAUGGAUCAGAUCAAUGUUGUUCAAGAACAAAGCUAUGUAUCUCGCAGGGAAGCAAUCAUCACACCUUCUAAAGAUGACCACGAGAAAUCUAUUCGCUGUCAGGCGUCUCAUCGUGAAUUAACAAAAGUACUUCAGACGUCCAUCCGUCUCUUCAUUCAAGUCCUGCCAAGAGAAAUAGAGCUUUCAUCUUCUCUGGCCAUAACAAACCAAACGGGAAACAAGUCUCUCGCCGUUUUCGAGAAUGUUCCUGUAAGCAUAACCUGCAAAUACGUAGGGUUUCGUCCUUCUGGUGUAAUUUCCUGGAAACUUGGAGAUAAGUGGCUAUCGGAUAACAUUUCAAAUUUCAGUAUCACUAAUAAGAUGGACAAAACAUUAAGUGAUGCGAAGAGUACGUUGCAGAAGGUGCCAAGAAGAAUUGAUCAUUACAAGAUUCUGCGAUGCUUGGCACCUGCCGGGCAAAUGCCACUUUCUGAACAAGUGAGACUCUUCGUCAAUGGUCCUCCAGACCCUCCAGAAAUACUCAAUACUACUGACUUAAAAGAUGGGAUCCCCACUUCAGUCACGUGCGUCGCCAACAACGGAUAUCCAGCUCCUGUAUUUCAAUGGAAUCUAGGAAUGAAUGAUCUGACCAACGAAUCAUUGACAGAAGAAAACACAAAUGACAACCAUAGAUUUAUGGCACGAAGCGUGCUUACGUUUACUCCUGAUAAGAAAGACCAUGGUCGAUAUCUUGUCUGUCAGGUACAUCAUCAUGAAACCCCGGGUGGUUGGUCUCGGAGCAAAAGGAUAACGAUCAACGUCACAUGAAACCAUGCAUUUGAAAUGUCUAUUCAGACAGACAACUUUCUUUGAGUAAUCGGUAAAGAUUUCACUCUGAUCUGUUCCUUCACACCUCAAAUUAAAUAUCGGCAAAUGAUUUGGACCAAGGGUAGCAACAUCCAAGUGGCCUCUCAUUCAUGUAUACCGUACCGUAUACCCAGAUGUAGUCUACCCCACAGCCAUAACCCAUUAAAGUACAGCUUGGAUGCCGAUUCUUCGAGUGGGAAUUUAACAAUAAAGGUGAUUGAUAUAGAUGAUAGAGACAAGUACCACUGUACAGUUAUCAGCCAUAAUAGGAAUGGGAUACUCGGAUCAACGAGCCAGCAAGUUGUUCCAUUGU